AAUUUGCUUCUAAAAAGUUGAAGAAAACUGUAAGUUAUGGAAGAAAAUGUGAUGAAUACGUAAAUCGGACGAUUGGCGCUGUUAACAGCAUUUGUGGCGGUCUUUUUAAAAGAUCGUUUCUAUUUGUACUUGUGGACAAAUGAUUAAUGUUGGCAACCGUGGAGAUUUUAGUGAUUUCUAUUGGCAUAACCAAACAGUGAGAACAGUGUGUUGUUAUUCAAAUCAAACGGAAAAUUGUUACACGCUAAACAAAGAAAUAAUUUUUCAAAGAUCUAUAUUAAAUUAUUUUAUUAUUACAUAUCGAAUAAGUAUUUAAUAGUUUAAGACCGUCUUUUUAUCAAAGGAUUAUUAAAAUGGCUGGUAUAUUCAAUUUAUUUGGAGAAUCAAAUCUCAAUAAAGGCCAAGUUGUGAAACCUUUGGUAAGAUCUAAAACAACCAUUGGAGCAAGUGAAACUCCUGUAAAAACUGUUCUUUCAUCAAAGCAAAAAGGAUUAUCCAUUAGAACCAAUUCAAAUUCAAAUAUAUCAACUGUUGGACACUUAACUAACUUAAACCAAGAUGUACCUAAUAAGCCACAAGAGUAUUUGAAACCAAAACUUACUCAAUUAGACAUUGGUGGUCGUCCAAUAUCACCUGGGAAAGAUUUAAAAGCAGAUGAAUAUUCAACCAAAUCUCUGAAAAAAGUACCUGACAAAAAAAAUACACAAAAGCUUUCAGAUAAAACUAUUUUUUUAAAGCCAGCUUUACCAAAAAACUAUACAAAGAAAAGAUAUCCUGAACCUGAAAGUUUAGCACCAUAUUGUGAUAUGCAAUUUGAGUUUGAUGAUAUUUAUUCCAAAACCAUAGAAAAUGAAUUUAAGGAACUGCUUCUGAAGAAGAGGGAUGAGGUGUUGCCAUAUAAUGACAGUUUUGAAACAGAUCCAGAAGAAAUUGAAUAUGAAAUGCCAACAUUAUAUGUAUCACCUAUAUCAUUCGAUACAGAAUGGAGACAAUUCAAGAUUCCUAGUUUACCAGAAAUAUCUGAUAAUGAGGACUAUUUUUAAUAUUUAUUCUACAGUAAUUACUUUAUGAAAUAUUAUUUUUUUAAUUUAUUUAGUAAUAAUAAUUUCUGAAUAAUAUAAUCAGAAAUAUCUUGUUAAGUGGAUUUGUUUAUUAUAAAAUAUUAUAAUCAUAAAUUAAAAGGAAAGUAGCUAAUAAUUUAAUAGUAUUAUUUUCAUGUAUCAUGCUUUUGUAAGAUGUAAAUAAACAAUUUUUUAUAGCAA